CCCGGCAGUCGCCGCCAUGGAGGACGCGCUGAAGCGAGCGCUCGGCACAGCGGUGCUACGGCCGACCGGGCACACGGGGGGCGGUUGCAUCAGCCAGGGCCGGAGCUACGACACGGAUCACGGUCGGGUGUUCGUGAAGAGCAACUCUCGGUCGGAGGCCAGAAGAAUGUUUGAAGGAGAAAUGGCAAGUCUGGAAGCCAUCUGGAAAACACAGACAAUAAAAGUGCCUAAACCCAUCAAAGUUAUAGACCUGCCUGGGGGCAGUACUGCAUUUGUGAUGGAACACUUGGAAAUGGGAGGCUUAAACAGACAUUCAGCACUGCUUGGAACUCAGCUGGCUGAUCUUCACCUUCAUAACCAGAAACUUGGAGAGAAGCUAAAGAAAGAAGGGAGCACAGUUGGUAAAGGUCAAGGGCAAACAGAAGUCCAGUUUGUGGAUCAAUUUGGCUUUCAUACAGUUACCUGCUGUGGUUAUCUUCCACAGGUGAAUGACUGGCAGAAUGACUGGGUGACCUUCUUUGCCAGACAAAGGAUCCAGCCCCAGAUGGACAUGGUUGAAAAGAAAUCAGGUGACAGAGAAGCAAGAGAACUUUGGGCAGAGCUUCAGCUAAAGAUACCCAGUUUUUUCUGUGGUGUGGAAAUCGUUCCUGCUCUCCUGCAUGGGGAUCUCUGGGGAGGAAAUGUAGCUGAGGAUGAUUCUGGUCCAAUUAUCUUCGAUCCAGCUUCUUUCUACGGCCAUUCAGAGUAUGAGCUUGCAAUAGCUGGGAUGUUUGGUGGCUUCAGCAGUUCUUUUUAUUCUGCUUAUCACAGUAUAAUUCCCAAGGCUGCAGGGUUUGAGAAACGCCUGAAGCUUUAUCAGCUGUUCCACUACAUGAACCACUGGAACCAUUUUGGUUCAGGAUACAGAGGAUCGUCUUUAAACAUUAUGAGAAACCUUGUGAAGUAACUUGCUGCUUAAGCCAAAUACUCUUCCCAUGUUUGGAGGGCCCCAUACUUGGUGGUGCAGCUGCAGGAGCACUAAUGUUAAAAACGCUCAUGAGACCCUUGACCUUGUUAAAGACCUAGAACCAGUGACUCCUGCUGAAUACCAAGUGUACAAUAGUCAUCCCUUUUUAGCUGGGGAUAACUCCAUGAGGGAAAAAUCUAAGAAAAGAGAUUUGCACAGUGAAUAAAGGUCUCAGUGUCCAGAAAGCACAUGAGACUGUGCAGGGUAGUACAAAUAAACACCAAGGAGAUACCUAGAAGUUGCUUGCUGCAUUUUGCUGUGUCUUCCUCUCUCUUUCAGCUCUUCAUGUCCAGUUGUGUGCAUGAGAGCAAGGUAAACAACACUGAAAGUCAGAGCUUGAAAGUCAACAGGAAAAUUAUGUAACAGGAACUGUUAGAAGGGAUUUGGACUUGCUAUUAAUUUUCACAGAAUCAGAGUGGGUGAGGUGGGGGGGGGGGGCGGGGGGGAAGGGCAGGAUCACAGAAUGUCAUCUAGUCCAAACCUCCCUUAGCAGAUUACUCAGGAUUAUGUCCAGAGGCUUUUAAAGACUUCCAGAGUUUUGCUGAUCAAUUCCAUUGGAUGCAGACUGUUGGUGCCUCCUGGAAUGCUUGUAGGCUGUUCUGUGCUUUCUGGUCAGUGGACUUUUAUCCACAGCAAUUUUGCUUCCACCAGAAGUAGUUCUCUUCUUUUAUUGGGUUGUGCUUUUGUCCAGUAGUGUGCAUUCUUAGAGAACUUUCCAGGUAAGACACUUUCCAUGUACACAACUUGUGGAGGUGUAUUCUCUAAUGAAUAAAAACCUGACAUGCUUCACA